GAUCUUGCAACACCCACGCUUAUAACAUCCAAGAGUUUUCACAGGAACACGACGAACCUUCGCUUGUCAAUUCGUUCCGUCAAUCAACGCGCGAAAUCCCAAUUCGUUGCCCGUCGAGAGCGACCCGGAACGCCGCACCACCCGCCAGCCAUGAACGACCUCUUCUCCGGCUCCUUCUCCCGCUUCCGCGGCGACCGGUCGCCGCCCAGGGCCGCCUCCGACCGCCGCUACGACGUCGAGAUGGCUGCUGCGGAGGCGACGACGGCGGCCGCGGCUUCCGGCGGGGUCAACCUGGACAAGUUCUUCGAGGACGUGGAGUCCAUCAAGGAGGAGCUGAAGGAGCUGGAGUCGCUCCGCCAGAGGCUCCAGUCGUCGCACGAGCAGAGCAAGACGCUGCACAACGCGAGGGCCGUGAAGGAUCUCAGGUCGCGCAUGGACGCCGACGUCACGGCCGCCCUCAAGAAGGCCAAGGUCGUCAAGGUCCGCCUCGAGGCCCUCGACCGGUCCAACGCCGCCAACCGGAGCCUCCCAGGCUGCGGGCCGGGAUCCUCGUCGGACCGGACCCGGACCUCCCUGGUCAACGGGCUGAGGAAGAAGCUGCAGGACUCGAUGGAGAGCUUCAACGUCCUGAGGCAGCAGAUCUCGUCGGAGUACAGGGAGACCGUCCAGCGGAGGUACUUCACCGUCACCGGCGAGAACCCUGAUGAUAGGACGCUCGAUCUGUUGAUCUCAACAGGCGAGAGCGAGACCUUCUUGCAGAAGGCCAUUCAGGAACAGGGCAGAGGGAGUGUCUUGGACACGAUACAGGAAAUCCAGGAGAGGCAUGAUGCCGUCAAGGACAUGGAGAAGAAUCUUAAGGAGCUGCACCAGGUGUUCUUGGACAUGGCCGUGCUGGUGCAGUCUCAGGGCGAGCAGCUGGACGACAUCGAGAGCCAGGUGGGGAGAGCCAACUCAUUCGUGCGAGGCGGGACCGAGCGCUUGCAGACCGCUAGGAAGUAUCAGAAGAACACGCGGAAAUGGACAUGUUAUGCCAUCAUAAUUUUGCUAGUGAUAGUUUUGUUUGUGGUGCUGUUUACCGUGAAGCCAUGGCAAAAAAAUAGCAGCGGCAGCAGCAGCCAACCAGCACCAGCGCUAUCGCCUCCACCUCCAGCUUGAGGUUCCUUGGGUUUUUGGUUGAUUUAGUGAUAUACAUAUUGUUCUACGGCAUUGUAUUUUUGACACUCAAGGCUUCCCUGUUUAAAUUGAUUGCUUUAUUUUUUUCGCCUUCAGUUGUAUGAUAUUGGAUGUGGGUUAGCUCAUCUUUUCGUUGAACUACACUCUGAUUUUCAUUCAGUUAAUGGCAAAUGUUUGAGUGAUUUGGGAGGAACUUGACGCCAAUUUUUAUUUGAGCUACAUCCUUUGCAUUUUCGAAA